UUCCGUCACACCCUUACCUUUGAUUAUUUCCCUCAUCUUUCAAUGGAAUCUGCACCCAAAGCUCCAAACUCUCUAUCCUUGCCCUGGAAAUUACGAAUUUUACUUUCGCUAGCCGGCCCUGCAAUCGACCUAGUUACCCGAAAAGACGGGACAGUGAACCGCUGUCUUCUCAAAGUCCUAGACCUCCUCCAGGUCCAGCCAUCAUCCGAACCAAGCAACGGUGUGAAAACAUACGAUGUUGUGGUGGAUCCAACUCGCAAGCUCUGGUUCCGCGUAUUUGUCCCCAUACAGUACGCGGUUGAAGAUCUUCCAGUAAUGGUGUUCUUCCACGGUGGUGGAUAUAUUGUCCUCUCCCCGGACUUUAAGUUAUACGACGAUGUAUGCCGCAAGUUUGCGAAAGAAUUGCAUGUGAUAGUUGUUUCUGUUGAUUAUCAUCUUGCACCGGAGAAUCGACACCCUGCGCAACAUGACGAUGCGUUUGAUGUGCUGAAAUUUCUGGACAAUGAAGAGAACAGGUUGAAAUGGUUACCGGAGAAUGCAAAUAUUUCACGCUGCUUUAUGGCUGGUGAUAGUUCUGGCGCACAUAUAACUCAUUAUGUUGGUCUAAGAGCCUCCCAAUUCGACUUCCAACAACUCCAGGUAAUUGGGCUGGUGGCUAUCCAACCAUUCUUUGGAGGGGAGGAGCGAACAGAUUCAGAGAUACGGCUGGAUGGAUCAGCGCCUAUCCUGUCAACGAAGCGAACGGAUUGGUUUUGGAACGCGUUCAUGCCGCUGGGUGAACCCUAUAACCGCGACCAUCCUAUCAUCAAUGUUAGUGGGCCGAAUGCUGUGGACAUAUCCGAAAUGGAUUUACCACCCACUAUGGUAGUUGUGACUGGGUUUGAUAUUCUCCGGGACUGGCAGAUAAGAUACUACGAGUGGCUCAAGAAAUCCGGGAAAGAAGUGUACUUGGUGGACUACCCAAACAUGUUUCACGAGUUCUUCCUCUUCUCGGAGUUGCCGGAAUCGGACCAACUUAUAUCGGAAAUGAAGGACUUCGUUUACAAGGUCUUAAAUAAGGUAUACUAGCGGGUCUACCCGCUUAGUGAAGUAGAGAUGUUGUAAAAUGAGUUUUCUCUAAAUAAAGUAAACGUUGAAGUUUCAUUGAGAGCUUUAAAAUGACU